CGCUGGCAGGACGGUGAAAUGAACCCUGGAGCGGUGCACUGAAAGCCUCGGCGGAUGUCUCAAGAGUGUUGCAGAACUGCCUUCCUCACUGGAUCUCACUGUAGAUCCCACCCACCCAGUCCACCAGAGCCGACUUCGCAUGCCAAAACAGGCAUGUCCCUAUCUCACCGGGAUAUGAGGCUGCCGGCUAUCCUUACCUGGUUUAACCUGCCUGUCGAAGUGGUGUACCGGGGUGUGGCCACUGUCACAUGCAAACAGCUACCUGGAGCCACAGAAGAGAGCUGAGUGUUCGGUGGGGACCAAAGGUGGUUAGAGUUUGAGGAAUCAGAGGUGAAGAUGGAACUCCCAAAUCACGCUAAGCAACUACUGCUGCAGCUAAACCAACAGAGAAGCAAAGGGUUCUUCUGCGAUGUCAUCAUCGUGGUUGAGAAUGCCCUGUUCCGUGCCCACAAGAACAUCCUAGCCGCAAGCAGCAUGUACUUCAAGUCCCUCGUGCUUCACGACAACUUAAUCAACCUGGACACUGACAUGGUCAACGCCAGCAUCUUCCGGCAGAUCCUGGACUUCAUCUACACCGGUAAGCUCCUCCUAACGGACCAAGCCAGCGAGCAGAACUUUAACGCUCUCCUUACCGCAGCCAGCUACCUCCAGCUUCACGACCUCGCCGCGCUCUGCAGGAAGAAGAUCAAGCGCAAUGGGAAGACAUUACACGGGAAACUGGCCGGCGCCAACCCAGUAAAGCUCGGGAGAGGGCACCGAUUUCCCUCCACACCGGUCAUCCAGACCCGCUUUGCCGGGUCACCCGAAGGUCUCAAGCGGCAGCCAGGUGUGGAGCUGCACCGGGUAGAGGUGAGCAGUGAGGAUAUAUACAUGACCAGCUCAAACAAAGCAAGUGCCCACCCCCUCGGCCAAAACGGCGGCAAAAGUAGCAAUAGCAAUGGCGCCAACAGCAGUAGCAACAACUGCGGGGAGCAGGAGCAGAUGCUGGGCCUCGACUUGUCCAAGAAAAGCCCCUCGAUCCCCGCCCAUGUGUCUCAGGAAGACAUGCACCUCGGGGAGUGCAGCCAGGGAUCUCCAACCUCUGCCACCAACAGUGCCUCCUUCGAAGACAACACCACAAACCCUCACCAGGCGGAGAACAGCGAACAGGCGGACAGGAGUGAGCUGGCCGACGGGCAGGGCUUGGCCGACACGGGACAGCCCAAGGGCUUCCGCCUGCCGGGUCACAACACCGGCUGGAUCAAGCAGGAGACUGGGUUCAAGCGGCAGGAGGGCUCUAACUGCCGGGAGGAUGGCUCCUCCAUGGUGAAUGGCGUGAUAAUGGGUCCGCUGGUCAAGUCGUUGGAGCGGGAGCCUGGCCGCCAUCACCACCACCACCACCACCACUUCGACCAUGCCGUGCACCUCAAGGAGGAGGAGGAGGUGGAAGAGGAAGUGGAAGAGGAGGAGAAUGGCAAGGAGUGCAGCGAGGAGAGUGCCCAGAGCGAGGAGGAGGGUGGUCAGCCUAGUGCCCACGCCUACCGCCCUGGGCCGGACGGCUUUGAGCCAGCCGUCUAUGGCGACAACCUCUACGUCUGCAUCCCCUGUGGCAAGGGCUUCCCCAGCUCGGAGCAGCUCAAUGCACACGUGGAGAGCCACACCGAGGAGGACCUGUACAUCAAGGACGAGGCGGACAGCCUGGCCGCCCAGAGUCUAACUUACGCCGGCGACUCUAGGCCGUACAAGUGCUCGGUCUGUGAGAAGAGCUACCGCGACCCCUCCACGCUGCGCCAGCACGAGAAAACUCACUGGCUGUCCCGGCCCUUCCCCUGCAACAUCUGCGGCAAGAUGUUCACCCAGCGCGGUACCAUGACCCGCCACAUGCGCAGCCACCUAGGCCUGAAGCCCUUCGCCUGCGAGGAGUGUGGCAUGCGGUUCACCAGGCAGUACCGGCUGACAGAACACAUGCGGGUACACUCGGGCGAGAAGCCCUAUGAAUGUCAAGUCUGCGGCGGUAAAUUCACGCAACAGCGCAACUUGAUAAGCCACAUGCGAAUGCAUACCUCACCAACAUAAAGCCAAAGACUCCAGAACUCUUUUUUUCUCUCCCAUUUUUCUUAAGUUUAAAAUAUCUUUUGUUCAGGGGAAUGUGUGUGUGUGUGUGUGUGUGUGUGUGUGUGUGUGCGUGGAGAUUGAGAGGGGGAAGGAAUCUUGCUUUCCCCCACUGUCAACAGCGGAUGGACUGCCUCUUUAAUGGGGAUUCAGUGUAAGGAUGGGAGGGGGAAAGGGGAUAAUUAGUUUCCAGUAGUCACUUAGAGAGAAAGAAGAAGAAAAAAAACGCAAAUCCUCAAGAGCUUGGAGGUACUUGUUUUGUUAAGAGUGACAAAAAAAUGUAAGGACCUUGGCAAUUUUUUCCUGUGAAUGUUUAAAGUGGAAAGGUCGAGGGGAAUAGUGUGGGUUAGUUUGGUGUGAGCUAAAUUUGCUGCAAUCUUCUUAAUAUACAUUUCCUUUAUAUUAUUUCCUGUGUUUAGCGAAGGUGAAGUGACUUAUCAGCUUGCUACCUCUUCACGACAAUAAUUUAUAAGAGAGAGAGAGAGAGAAAUCAUUAAAAGGGUUGGUCAAAGAGUAAUGGGUGGCGGGGUGGGAGAAUAGUAUCUUUUUUUUUUAAAGAAAGAGUGAAUUUAUGGUUCACAAUUUUCUAUCCCAGCCUGGUGGUUUUCUAUCCAGAUAUAGGCUGACCUUCCUUUUUCUUUCCAAGCUGGGCCAGAUAAGACCUUGUUUUAUCUGUUUUGACCAAAUGAUCUAAAAGUGUGUUGUGUGUUGAUUCUUGAGCCAUAUCCCAUGCAGAGCAAUGGCUGCAUCUGAACAGUGGUCGUUCUCAUGGUUGG